GGGGAUGCCACCAUGGGUAACGCCAUCGCUCGGAUGUGCCCUCCUUACGGCCGCAAGGGGAAGAAGCGCAGAAGGAGAGGCCACCGAGACUUGGCCAAAAAGGGAAAGUAUGCAAAGGAGGCAACUCAGGCAGGAGUCGACGCCUCUCGGAGGGUCGGCGCGGCCGCAAGGAAGAUGGGCGGGAAGCUCGGCAAGGCGGGGCUGCAGGCAAGCAGGCAGUUUGGCGCACUCGCAAGGUUAUUCGGCUCCACCACUGGCAAUCUCAUCCAAGAGUUCGUCACGCGGGGGUCAGUGCACACGGGAAUUCAGGCAGGGGAGGGUGGGUAUGCAUCUCUGUCCGGCAUUUUGUUUUCAGCUUCAAGGCUUACUUCUUCCUGACCUUUCUGAUCUACUUCACUGGGGCCGUGGUCGCCCUGUCGACAUACACCUACGUGCCCCGCCGCGAGGACGGGGAGAUUGUGUGCCCGAUGACGCUCAACGUCUACUUUCUCUGUGGGGCCUUCUUCAUUCAGGUGUGGUCAGAAGCCUUUACGUGGGUCAGCAUGACUGUCUGUCUGUCUGUCUGUUUGUCUUGAUGUCUCUGGUCGUCGCGCAGGGCUUCUUGGCUGCAUACACGGCUUGGGGGUACUCUUACAUCGAAAAGUAAGUGUGUGCCGCGGGUGGGCCCAUAGAGGAAGACAAAGCGGGUGAUUUCUCUCCCUCCCUCCCGCUGGCCUGCAUGCAGGCUGCCCGAGGGUUCGUUCACUGAGCUGUCGGCCUUUCAGUACUUGAUCGGCUUCAUGAUCAAGGUGGUGCCUACCUGGAGCAGGCUGCUGCAUGUCUUCAACUUCUUCCAGCUGCUCAUAGCCGUCUUCUACGCACUUGUGCUGCCCGAGUGCAACCUCCACCUUGUGCGCGUCACCCUCUGUAUGUGCACAGCAAGCAGAGGAUGGAUGGGCAGACGACUGAAGAAGUCCGUGUGUGUCCCCUCCGUUUUUUCUUCGCUUAGUUGUGUUGGGCAUUGUGUGGUGGUGCAUUAUUCUUGUGGGCAUCACGGCCAAGAGACACUUCCCCGUCCCGCCCACCAUAUUCGAGCCCGUCAGGCCUGGUGAGCCAGAACACACACACACACACACGCACACACGGACAGACAGACAGACAGACAGACAGACAGAGAGGCCAUGCCUGACAAAGCCAGCAGAUAAUCAUGUCUCUUUGUUGGCUAUGCCCCCCAUGCAAUGCCUGCAGCAACGGGGCUGCUGCAGGAGCUGCAUGUACGUGAGCACACAAAUAAAUAGACGGCUUGAGUAUUGCUGGCUUCGCCGCAGUCAGUGCACACACGUCCGUCUUGUCGUGUGCUGUGCUUGCUGUGCGUGUGUGUGUGUGUGUGCAGACUAUGCUGCGUGCCCUCGGGCCGUGACAAAGCUGAGUUGCUGCUGGGGUUGAUUGGAUUUUGGACUCUGUGGGAAUGUGACAUUAGUAUUCUCUGUGAGCCGUCUUGGCGUCCAAUGAGCUCACCUCAGCUCUGCACGAUGUGUCGAGAGACCGCACUGCCUGUCCUUUCCAAUGAACCGAUGAGGAGAGAGGAGGCAUGAAAGCCAAAG